CCGCCUCCCCGCCCCCCUGUGUUGUCGCCUCUCCCUCUCGCUGCUUCACUUACGGGGCGAACAUGGCGCACAGCUGUCGGUGGCGCUUCCCCGCCCGACCCGGGACCACCGGGGGCGGCGGCGGCGGGGGGCGCCGGGGCCUAGGGGGCGCCCCGCGGCAACGCGUCCCGGCCUUGCUGCUUCCCCCCGGGCCCCCGGCCGGCGGCGGCGGCCCCGGGGCGCCCCCCUCCCCCCCGGCGGUGGCGGCGGCGGCAGCGGCGGGAAGCAGCGGGGCUGGGGUUCCAGGGGGAGCGGCCGCCGCCUCAGCAGCUUCUUCGUCGUCCGCCUCGUCUUCGUCUUCGUCAUCGUCCUCAGCCUCCUCAGGGCCGGCCCUGCUCCGGGUGGGCCCGGGCUUCGACGCGGCGCUGCAGGUCUCGGCCGCCAUCGGCACCAACCUGCGCCGGUUCCGGGCAGUGUUUGGGGAGAGCGGCGGGGGAGGCGGCAGCGGAGAGGAUGAGCAGUUCUUAGGUUUUGGCUCAGAUGAAGAAGUCAGAGUGCGAAGCCCCACAAGGUCUCCUUCAGUUAAAGCUAGUCCUCGAAAACCUCGCGGGAGACCUAGAAGUGGCUCUGACCGAAACCCAGCUAUCCUCUCAGACCCGUCUGUGUUUCCCCCUCUAAGUAAAUCAGAAACCAAAUCUGCAGAUAAAAUCAAGAAGAAAGAUUCUAAGAGCAUAGAAAAGAAGAGAGGAAGACCUCCCACCUUCCCUGGGGUAAAAAUCAAAAUCACACAUGGAAAGGACAUUGCAGAGUUAACACAAGGAAGCAAAGAGAACAGCCUGAAAACGGUGAAGCGGAGCCCUUCUGCUAUGUUCCAGCAAGCCACAAAGAUUCAAAAGUUAAGAGCAGGUAAACUCUCUCCUCUCAAGUCUAAGUUUAAGACAGGGAAGCUCCAAAUAGGAAGGAAGGGGGUACAGAUUGUCAGACGCCGAGGAAGGCCUCCGUCCACAGAACGGAUAAAGACCCCUUCAGGUCUUCUCAUUAAUUCUGAACUGGAAAAGCCUCAGAAGGUCCGGAAAGACAAGGAAGGAACACCGCCCCUCACAAAAGAAGAUAAGACAGUUGUCAGACAAAGCCCUCGAAGGAUUAAACCAGUCAGGAUUAUUCCUUCUUCUAAAAGGACAGAUGCCACAAUCGCCAAGCAACUCCUGCAGAGGGCAAAGAAGGGGGCGCAGAAGAAAAUUGAGAAAGAAGCCGCUCAGCUGCAGGGGAGGAAGGUGAAGACGCAGGUCAAGAAUAUCCGGCAGUUCAUCAUGCCCGUGGUCAGCGCCAUCUCCUCGAGGAUCAUCAAAACCCCCCGACGCUUCAUAGAGGACGAGGAUUACGACCCUCCAAUUAAAAUUGCGCGACUAGAAUCUACACCAAACAGUAGGUUCAGCGCCACGUCCUGCGGGUCUUCUGAAAAGUCCAGUGCAGCCUCCCAGCACUCCUCUCAGAUGUCCUCAGACUCCUCCCGGUCCAGCAGCCCCAGCAUCGACACCACCUCAGAUUCGCAGGCCUCUGAAGAGAUCCAGGCCCUUCCUGAGGAGCGGAGUAAUACCCCUGAAGUUCAUACGCCUCUGCCCAUUUCCCAGUCCCCAGAGAACGAGAGUAAUGAUAGGAGAAGCAGACGGUAUUCGAUGUCUGAGAGAAGCUUUGGAUCUAGAACAACUAAAAAAUUACCAACUCUACCAAGUGCCCCACAGCCGCAGAGCUCCUCCUCGCCACCUCCGCCUCUGCUUACCCCUCCCCCUCCACUGCAGCCAGCCUCCGGCAUCUCUGACCACACCCCUUGGCUUAUGCCUCCCACCAUCCCCCUAGCAUCGCCAUUCCUGCCUGCUUCUGCUGCUCCCAUGCAAGGGAAGCGGAAAUCUAUUUUGCGGGAGCCGACAUUUAGGUGGACUUCUUUAAAGCAUUCGAGGUCAGAGCCACAGUACUUUUCCUCAGCAAAGUAUGCCAAAGAAGGUCUGAUCCGCAAACCUAUAUUUGAUAACUUCCGGCCCCCACCGCUGACGCCCGAGGACGUUGGCUUUGCUUCGGGUUUUUCUGCAUCGGGUACUGCUGCGUCGGCCCGCUUGUUUUCACCACUCCAUUCUGGAACAAGGUUUGAUAUUCAUAAAAGGAGCCCCAUUCUGAGAGCUCCCAGAUUUACUCCAAGUGAGGCACACUCUAGAAUAUUCGAGUCUGUGACCUUGCCUAGUAAUCGAACUUCUUCUGGAGCGUCGUCUUCGGGAGUAUCUAAUAGAAAAAGGAAAAGGAAAGUGUUUAGUCCGAUUCGGUCUGAACCAAGAUCACCUUCUCACUCCAUGAGGACAAGAAGCGGAAGGCUUAGCGCCUCUGAGCUGUCACCUCUCACUCCCCCGGCUUCUGUCCCCUCCUCAAUGAGCAUUCCCGUUAGUCCUCUUGCCGCUAGUGCCUUAAACCCAACUUUUACUUUUCCUUCUCAUUCCCUAACUCAGUCUGGGGAAUCUACAGAGAAAACGCAGAGGGCAAGGAAGCAGACUAGUGCUCCGGCGGAGCCGUUUUCAUCAAAUAGCCCUGCUCUCUUCCCGUGGUUCACCCCAGGCUCUCAGACCGAAAAGGGGAGAAAGAAGGACACAGCCCCGGGGGAGCUGUCCAAAGAUCGCGAUGCUGACAAGAGCGUGGAGAAGGACAAGAGUAGAGAGCGAGACCGGGAGAGAGAGAAGGAGAAUAAGCGGGAGUCAAGGAAAGAGAAAAGGAAAAAGGGCUCAGACAUUCAGAGUAGCUCUGCUUUGUACCCUGUGGGUCGGGUUUCCAAAGAGAAGGUUGCUGGAGAAGAUGUUGGCGCUUCAUCUUCUGCCAAAAAAGCAACAGGGCGGAAGAAGUCUUCAUCACUUGAUUCUGGGGCUGAUAUUGCUCCUGUGACUCUUGGGGACACAACAGCUGUCAAAGCCAAAAUUCUUAUAAAGAAAGGGAGAGGAAAUCUGGAAAAAAACAACUUGGACCUCGGCCCAACUGCCCCAUCCCUGGAGAAGGAGCAAACCCUCUGCCUUUCUACUCCCUCAUCUAGCACUGUUAAACAUUCCACUUCCUCCAUAGGCUCCAUGUUGGCUCAGGCAGACAAGCUUCCAAUGACUGACAAGAGGGUUGCCAGCCUCCUAAAAAAGGCCAAAGCCCAGCUCUGCAAGAUUGAGAAGAGUAAGAGUCUCAAACAAACUGACCAGCCCAAAGCACAGGGUCAAGAAAGCGAUUCGUCAGAAACCUCUGUUCGAGGACCCCGGAUUAAACACGUCUGCAGAAGAGCUGCUGUUGCCCUUGGCCGCAAACGAGCUGUGUUUCCUGAUGACAUGCCCACCUUGAGUGCCUUACCGUGGGAAGAACGAGAAAAAAUUUUGUCUUCCAUGGGGAAUGAUGACAAGUCAUCAAUUGCUGGCUCAGAAGAUGCUGAACCUCUUGCUCCACCCAUCAAGCCAAUUAAGCCUGUCACCAGAAACAAGGCACCUCAGGAGCCUCCAGUGAAGAAAGGGCGGCGAUCGAGGCGGUGCGGACAGUGUCCUGGCUGCCAGGUGCCUGAGGACUGUGGAGUUUGCACUAAUUGCUUGGACAAGCCCAAGUUUGGUGGCCGCAAUAUAAAGAAGCAAUGCUGCAAGAUGAGAAAAUGCCAGAAUCUGCAAUGGAUGCCUUCCAAAGCCUCCCUUCAGAAGCAGACUAAAGCUGUGAAAAAGAAAGAGAAAAAAUCUAAGACCACUGAAAAGAAAGAGAGCAAAGAGGGCAGUGUCGUGAAGAGCUCCUUGGAGCCUGUGCAGAAGACUGCCCCGCCGCCGCCGCCGCCACCACCACCACCACCUCCACCACCACCACCACCACCACCGCGGGAGGAGCCCGCCCCAAAGAAGAGCAGCAGCGAGCCACCACCCCGCAAACCUGUGGAAGAAAAGAGCGAAGAGGGGGCUGCCCCUGCGCCUGCCCCUGUGCCUGAACCGAAGCAGGUCAGCACACCAGCGUCCCGGAAGUCCAGCAAGCAGGUCUCCCAGCCAGCAGCAGCCGUCCCCCCUCAGCCUCCUAGCACAGCACUGCAGAAAAAAGAAGCUCCCAAGGCAAUUCCAAGUGAGCCCAAGAAAAAGCCACCUCCACCCCCAGAGUCAGGGCCAGAGCAAAGCAAGCAGAAAAAAGUGGCCCCCCGCCCAAGUAUCCCUGUAAAACAAAAACCAAAGGACAAGGAGAAGCCACCUCCAGUAAGUAACAAGCAAGAGAAUGCAGGCACUUUGAACAUCCUCAACCCACUCUCGAAUGGCAUCAGUUCUAAGCAGAAAAUCCCAGCAGAUGGCGUCCACAGGAUUAGAGUGGACUUUAAGGAAGACUGUGAAGCAGAAAAUGUGUGGGAGAUGGGAGGUUUAGGAAUCCUGACCUCUGUCCCCAUAACACCCAGAGUAGUGUGCUUUCUCUGUGCCAGUAGUGGGCAUGUGGAGUUUGUGUAUUGCCAAGUGUGUUGUGAACCCUUCCACAAGUUUUGCUUAGAAGAAAAUGAGCGCCCUCUGGAGGACCAGCUGGAAAACUGGUGUUGUCGCCGCUGCAAGUUCUGCCAUGUUUGUGGGAGACAGCAUCAGGCUACAAAGCAGCUGCUGGAGUGUAACAAGUGCCGAAACAGCUAUCACCCCGAGUGCCUGGGACCCAACUACCCCACCAAACCCACGAAGAAAAAGAAAGUGUGGAUCUGCACCAAGUGUGUCCGCUGCAAGAGCUGUGGAUCCACGACUCCAGGCAAAGGGUGGGACGCACAGUGGUCUCACGAUUUCUCACUGUGCCAUGACUGUGCCAAACUCUUUGCUAAAGGGAACUUCUGCCCUCUCUGUGACAAGUGCUACGAUGACGAUGACUACGAGAGCAAGAUGAUGCAGUGUGGGAAGUGCGACCGGUGGGUCCACUCCAAGUGCGAGGGUCUCUCAGGUACAGAAGAUGAGAUGUAUGAGAUUCUGUCCAAUCUGCCAGAAAGUGUGGCCUACACUUGUGUGAACUGCACUGAGCGGCACCCUGCAGAGUGGAGACUGGCCCUGGAGAAGGAGCUGCAGGCGUCCCUCAAACAGGUUCUCACAGCCCUGCUGAAUUCUCGGACUACCAGUCACUUGCUGCGCUACCGCCAGGCUGCCAAGCCCCCAGACUUAAACCCCGAGACGGAGGAGAGCAUACCUUCCCGCAGCUCCCCAGAAGGGCCAGACCCUCCUGUUCUCACCGAGGUCAGCAAACAGGAUGAACAGCAGCCUUUAGACCUGGAGGGCGUCAAGAAGAAAAUGGACCAGGGCAACUAUGUAUCCGUGUUGGAGUUCAGCGAUGACAUUGUGAAGAUCAUCCAGGCAGCCAUUAAUUCUGAUGGAGGGCAGCCAGAGAUAAAGAAAGCCAACAGCAUGGUCAAGUCUUUCUUUAUCCGGCAAAUGGAGCGAGUUUUUCCAUGGUUCAGUGUCAAAAAGUCCAGAUUUUGGGAGCCAAAUAAAGUAUCAAACAACAGUGGGAUGUUACCAAACGCAGUGCUUCCGCCUUCACUUGACCAUAAUUAUGCUCAGUGGCAGGAGCGAGAGGAGAGCAGCCACACUGAGCAGCCUCCUCUAAUGAAGAAAAUCAUUCCAGCUCCCAAACCCAAAGGACCCGGAGAGCCAGACUCGCCCACGCCGCUGCAUCCUCCUACACCCCCGGUCUUGAGUACUGACAGGAGCCGAGAAGACAGUCCAGAGCUGAACCCACCCCCAGGUGUAGAUGACAACCGACAGUGCGCGCUGUGUCUGAUGUACGGUGAUGACAGUGCCAAUGAUGCUGGCCGUUUGCUAUACAUUGGCCAAAAUGAGUGGACACAUGUGAACUGUGCUCUGUGGUCAGCAGAGGUGUUUGAAGACGAUGACGGGUCACUGAAGAACGUGCACAUGGCUGUGAUUAGGGGCAAGCAGCUGAGAUGUGAAUUCUGCCAGAAGCCAGGAGCCACCGUGGGGUGCUGCCUCACAUCUUGCACCAGCAACUACCAUUUUAUGUGUUCCCGGGCCAAGAACUGUGUCUUUCUGGAUGACAAAAAAGUGUAUUGUCAGCGGCAUCGGGAUUUAAUCAAAGGCGAGGUGGUUCCUGAGAACGGAUUUGAAGUUUUUAGAAGAGUCUUUGUAGAUUUUGAAGGAAUCAGCUUGCGCAGGAAGUUCCUCAAUGGCUUGGAACCAGAAAACAUCCACAUGAUGAUAGGCUCAAUGACGAUCGACUGUUUGGGAAUUCUGAAUGACCUCUCCGACUGUGAAGAUAAACUCUUUCCUAUUGGAUACCAGUGUUCUCGGGUGUACUGGAGCACCACAGAUGCCCGCAAGCGCUGUGUGUACACGUGCAAGAUCAUGGAGUGCCGCCCUCCUGUCGUAGAGCCGGAUAUCAACAGCACGGUUGAGCAUGAUGACAAUAGGACCAUCGCCCAUAGCCCACCAUCAUUUAUAGAAGCGUCGUGUAAAGACAGUCAGAGCGCUGCUGCAGUUCUCAGUCCUCCGUCGCCAGACCGGCCUCAUUCACAGACCUCAAGCUCCUGUUAUUAUCAUGUCAUCUCAAAGGUCCCUCGGAUUCGAACACCCAGCUACUCCCCUACACAGAGGUCCCCUGGCUGCCGCCCAUUGCCUUCUGCAGGAAGUCCUACCCCAACCACUCACGAGAUCGUCACAGUCGGCGACCCUUUACUGUCCUCUGGUCUUCGGAGCAUUGGCUCCAGGCGGCACAGUACUUCUUCCUUGUCACCCCUGCGGUCCAAGCUCCGAAUAAUGUCUCCAAUGAGAACUGGGAGUGUUUACUCCAGGAGUAAUGUUUCCUCAGUCCCCAGCCUUGGGACUGCUGCAGAUCCUGAGUCCAGUGCCAAAGCGUCGGAUCGCGGAGGGCCGCUGAGUUCAAGUGCUAUUCUGGGGCACAGCACUCCCGCUUCCUCAAGCUCACCAAGGACAGUGGGCACUGGGGGCUCCAAAACCAGCCAUCUGGACGGGCCAUCAUCCUCAGACAUGAAGCGGUCUAGUUCUUCAGACGUGGCACCCAAAGGCUCCUCAUUAAAGGGAGAGAAAAACAGAACUCCAAGUUCCAAGAACACAGAUGGAUCUGCACAUAACACAGUGUACCCUGGAAUUCCUAAACUGGCACCACAGGUUCAUAACACGACUCCUGGAGAACUAAACAUUAGCAAAAUUGGCAGUUUUGCUGAACCCUCUACAGUACCCUUUUCUUCCAAGGAUACAUUGUCCUACCCACAGCUCCACUUGAGGGGGCAAAGAAGUGACAGAGACCAGCACAUGGAUUCUACCCAGUCAGUAAAGCACUCUCCAAAUGAAGAUGGUGAAAUCAAAACCUUGAAGCUCCCUGGUGUGGGCCAUAGGCCAUCCAUUCUGCAUGAACAUGUAGGGUCUAGUUCCAGAGACAGGAGACAGAAAGGGAAAAAGUCUUCUAAAGAGACUUGCAAAGAAAAACAUUCCAGUAAAUCCUUUUUGGAACCUGGUCAGGUGACAACUGGUGAAGAAGGAAAGCUAAAGCCAGAGUUUGUUGAUGAGGUGUUGACUCCUGGGUUUCUUGGGCAGCGGUCAUGUAAUAAUGUUUCAUCUGAGAAGAUUGGGGAUAAAGUCCUUCCUCUUUCAGGAGUCCCUAAAGGUCAAUCCACACAAGUGGAAGGAUCUUCCAAGGAGUUACAGGCACCCCGGAAGUGCUCGGUCAAAGUGACACCUCUGAAAAUGGAAAGUGAGAAUCAGUCCAAAAAUACCCAGAAGGAAAGUGGCCCUGGUUCCCCUGCACACAUGGAGUCAGUAUGUCCCACAGAGCCAGUCUCAGCUUCCAGAAGCCCAGGAGCUGGCCCAGGGGUUCAGCCGAGCCCCAACAAUACCUCAUCCCAAGAUCCUCAAAGUAACAACUAUCAGAACCUUCCAGAACAGGACAGAACCCUCAUGAUUCCAGAUGGCCCCAAGCCUCAGGAGGAUGGCUCUUUUAAAAGGCGGUACCCCCGGCGCAGUGCCCGUGCGCGGUCUAACAUGUUCUUUGGGCUCACCCCAUUGUAUGGAGUCAGGUCUUAUGGUGAAGAAGACAUUCCAUUCUACAGCAGUUCCACUGGGAAAAAGCGAGGAAAGAGAUCAGCAGAAGGCCAGGUAGACGGGGCCGACGACCUGAGCACCUCUGACGAAGAUGACUUAUACUAUUACAACUUCACUAGGACAGUGAUUUCUUCAGGUGGAGACGAGCGGCUGGCAUCCCAUAAUUUAUUUCGGGAGGAAGAACAAUGUGAUCUUCCAAAAAUUUCACAGCUGGAUGGUGUGGAUGAUGGGACAGAGAGUGACACCAGUGUCACUGCCACGAGCAGGAAAAGCAGCCAGAUUCCAAAGAGAAAUGGGAAAGAAAAUGGAACAGAAAACUUAAAGAUUGAUCGACCUGAAGAUGCCGGUGAGAAAGAGCAUGUCAUUAAGAGUGCUGUUGGCCACAAGGACGAGCCGAAGCUGGAGAACUGCCACUCCGUAAGCAGGGUGAAGGCACAGGGCCAGGACUCCCUGGAAGCUCAGCUCAGCUCCCUGGAAUCGAGCCGCAGAGUCCACACAAGCACCCCCGCAGACAAAAACCUUCUAGACACCUACAACGCUGAGCUCCUGAAGUCAGACUCUGACAACAACAACAGCGAUGACUGUGGGAACAUCCUGCCUUCGGAUAUCAUGGACUUCGUACUAAAGAACACCCCGUCUAUGCAGGCCCUGGGUGAGAGCCCGGAGUCCUCCUCUUCUGAGCUCUUGACGCUUGGUGAAGGACUGGGUCUGGACAGUAACCGGGAAAAGGAUAUGGGUCUUUUUGAAGUGUUUUCUCAGCAACUGCCAGCGACAGAGCCUGUGGACAGCAGUGUCUCCUCUUCCAUCUCAGCAGAGGAGCAGUUUGAGCUGCCUCUUGAACUGCCAUCUGACCUCUCUGUCCUGACCACCCGCAGUCCCACAGUCCCCAGCCAGAAUCCCAGUAGACUGGCCGUCAUCUCGGAUUCAGGGGAGAAGCGAGUGGCCAUCACAGAAAAGUCGGUAACCUCUUCCGAGGGUGACCCUGCCCUGCUGAGUCCAGGAGUGGACCCUGCUCCUGAAGGCCACAUGACUCCCGAUCACUUCAUCCAAGGACACAUGGAUGCAGACCAUAUCUCCAGCCCUUCCUGUGGUUCAGUGGAGCAAGGUCAUGGCAACAGUCAGGAUUUAACUAGAAACAGUAGCACUCCUGGCCUUCAGGUACCUGUCUCCCCCACUGUUCCCAUCCAGAACCAGAAGUAUGUGCCCAGUUCUACUGAUAGCCCCGGCCCAUCUCAGAUCUCUAAUGCAGCUGUCCAGACCACUCCGCCCCACCUGAAGCCAGCCACUGAGAAACUCAUUGUUGUUAAUCAGAACAUGCAGCCACUUUAUGUUCUCCAGACUCUUCCAAAUGGAGUGACCCAAAAAAUCCAGUUGACCUCUCCUGUUAGUUCUACACCCAAUGUGAUGGAGACAAAUACCUCGGUUUUGGGGCCCAUGGGAAGUGGGCUCACCCUAACCACAGGACUAAAUCCAAGCUUGCCACCUUCUCCGUCUCUGUUCCCUCCUGCUAGCAAAGGAUUGCUCUCCGUGCCUCAUCACCAGCACUUACAUUCCUUCCCUGCCGCUGCUCAAAGUAGCUUCCCACCCAACAUCAGCAGUCCUCCUUCCGGCCUGCUUAUUGGGGUUCAGCCUCCUCCAGAUCCCCAACUCUUGGGUUCAGAAGCCAACCAGAGGACGGACCUCACUACUACAGUGGCCACUCCAUCCUCUGGACUCAAGAAAAGACCCAUAUCUCGUCUGCACACUCGAAAGAAUAAAAAACUUGCUCCCUCUAGCGCCCCUUCAAAUAUUGCCCCUUCUGAUGUGGUCUCUAACAUGACACUGAUUAACUUCACACCCUCCCAGCUUUCAAACCACCCCAGUCUGUUAGACCUGGGGUCACUUAACCCUUCAUCGCACCGAACUGUCCCCAACAUCAUAAAAAGAUCUAAAUCUGGCAUCAUGUAUUUUGAACAGGCACCCCUGUUACCACCACAGAGUGUGGGCGGAACAGCUGCCACAGCGGCGGGUUCAUCAACAAUUAGCCAGAGUACUAGCCACCUUACAUCUGGGCCUGCGUCUGCCUUGGCGUCCGGUUCAUCCGUCCUGAAUGUGGUAUCCAUGCAAACUACAACAACCCCUACAAGUAGCACAUCAGUUCCAGGUCAUGUCACCUUACCCAACCAGAGGUUGCUUGGGACCCCAGAUAUUGGCUCAAUAAGCCAUCUUCUAAUCAAAGCCAGCCACCAGAGCCUGGGCAUUCAGGACCAGCCUGUGGCUUUACCACCAAGUUCAGGAAUGUUCCCCCAACUGGGGACGUCACAGACUCCCUCUGCUGCUGCCAUGACAGCUGCAUCUAACAUCUGCGUGCUCCCCUCUUCUCAGACUGCAGGCAUGACGGCUGCAUCCCCUCCUGGGGAGGCCGAAGAACACUAUAAGCUGCAGCGAGUAAACCAGCUCCUAGCUGGCAAAACCGGUACCCUGUCUUCACAGCGGGAUCGGGAUCCUGAUUCUGCUCCGGCGACCCAGCCGUCCAACUUCACCCAGACAGCAGAAGCUCCUAACGGUGUGAGGCUAGAGCAGAGCAAGACUUUACCCUCAGCCAAGCAAGCCAACUCCACCUCUCCAGGGAGCUCCCCAUCCUCUGGACAACAGUCAAGCAGUUCCUCAGUGCCAGGUCCCACUAAACCAAAACCAAAAGUCAAACGGAUUCAGCUGCCCCUAGAAAAGGGGAGUGGCAAGAAGCACAAAGUUUCCCAUUCACGGACCAGUUCUGAAGCACACAUUCCACACCGAGAAGCCAACCCAGCGCCCCAGCCCUCGGCUACACGGACUCCAAGAGCAGACAGGGAGCAGCAGGGUGCAGCUGCAGUGGAACAGCCGUCGCAGAAGGAGUGUGGGCAGCCUGCAGGACCAGUGGCUGCUCUUCCAGAGAUCCAGGCAACACAGAACCCAGCAAAUGAGCAAGAAAAUGCAGAACCUAAAGCAAUGGAAGAAGAAGAGAGCGGUUUCAGCUCUCCUCUGAUGCUUUGGCUCCAGCAAGAACAAAAGAGGAAGGAGAGCAUUACUGAGAGAAAGCCCAAGAAAGGACUCGUGUUUGAAAUUUCGAGUGAUGAUGGCUUUCAGAUCUGUGCGGAGAGUAUUGAAGAUGCCUGGAAGUCGCUGACAGAUAAAGUCCAGGAAGCACGAUCGAAUGCCCGCCUGAAGCAGCUCUCGUUUGCAGGUGUGAGCGGUCUGAGGAUGCUGGGCACUCUCCACGACGCCGUGGUGUUCCUGAUCGAGCAGCUGUCCGGUGCCAAGCACUGUCGGAAUUACAAAUUCCGUUUCCACAAACCAGAAGAGGCCAACGAACCCCCCUUGAACCCGCACGGCUCAGCCAGAGCUGAGGUCCACCUGAGGCAAUCAGCAUUUGACAUGUUUAACUUCCUGGCUUCUAAACAUCGACAGCCCCCUGAAUACAACCCUAAUGAUGAGGAAGAGGAAGAGGUCCAGCUCAAGUCCGCACGGAGGGCAACAAGCAUGGAUCUCCCGAUGCCCAUGCGAUUCCGGCACUUAAAAAAGACUUCUAAGGAGGCGGUUGGUGUCUACAGGUCUCCCAUUCACGGUCGGGGUCUUUUCUGUAAGAGAAACAUUGAUGCAGGAGAGAUGGUGAUUGAAUAUGCCGGCAACGUCAUCCGCUCCAUCCAGACGGACAAGCGGGAGAAGUACUAUGACAGCAAGGGCAUUGGCUGCUACAUGUUCCGGAUUGAUGACUCGGAGGUCGUGGACGCCACCAUGCAUGGGAACGCUGCUCGCUUCAUCAACCACUCCUGUGAGCCUAACUGCUACUCCCGGGUCAUCAAUAUUGAUGGGCAGAAGCACAUUGUCAUCUUCGCCAUGCGUAAGAUCUACCGGGGGGAGGAGCUCACCUAUGACUACAAGUUCCCCAUCGAGGACGCCAACAACAAGCUGCCCUGCAACUGUGGCGCCAAGAAAUGCCGCAAGUUCCUCAACUAAAGCUGCUCAUCUGCCUGUGAUGGAGUACCAGGACCCAGGGCCACGCAGAGCCAUGCUGAAGGACUUCCCAGCACCCAAGAGCUCCAAGGAUUGAGCGGGCAGUGGAGGGUCCUCUGGCUGAGCACCCUAGUGUCCCAUGUGCACAUCAUGUGAUCAUAGUCUUGGAGAGAGAAGGGUCUCCAAGAAAAGAUCCCCAAUGGCUUUCUCCUGGGCCCUCUCUGGAAAAACCUGGGGAACUGGUUUCUGAGAGAAUUCGCCUACAAGGAGCAUGUCGAGGGUUCCUUACAGUGGGAGAUGGGGUCUGAGCAUGUCCUCAAAGAGCAGUUUGCCGGCCUCAUCUUAGCCCUCUCCCAAGCCCUAAAAGUGACGGGUCAGACAAGACCCCAGAUACAGGGUUGGUAGGAUACCUGGUAGUUUGCCAGUUAGGCCAGUCCUGUGGUUAUCUGUUGAGCAGACAGACAGCCUGGUGGUUUUCCCUACUAUCUGCCCACUUAAGAGUUCACUUUGGUUGGGAGACAGGUUUCCUAACACCUCUGGUGUCAAAAGGCUGUCUUGGGGUUGUGCCAAUUAAUUACCAAACAUUGAGCCUGUGGCUGUAAGUGGGAGUGUUACCCUGUGAGCCUUACCAUAGCCGGUGACCUUUCGUGAUGAUAGGAGCGGCUCCCUCUCCAUCCCUUCUCUGUACUCCUCCCCUCCUCCGCCCUUCAUCUGCUGCUUUCCCAUUCUUUCUGGGUAGUGGGAGCUUGCCUCCCUGCUCAAGGACACUCCCUACUUGGUCUAGGCAGUGCCUACAGAAAGUUCCCCCCAAGCCUGUAAGCACUCCAGGUGGGAAGUGGGCAGGAGCCGUCGGCCGUAACCAGACAGAAAUCGGAGAUAUCGUAAAGCUCCAUUGAGACUUUGAAAGAGAUAUGUGUAGCAAGAUUUUUUUAACAGAAGGCUAAAGAUUAUUGAAAUAGGAUUUGAGUCAUGCAACAGCCAGAGAGUACAAUAGCAGGAGAAACCUGGCCCCUUCCUAGGACUUGCGUACUUUCUUUUCCCUUUCUGAAGACAUAGGAAGAUGAAUUUCUAAAAGGUCAGUGUCUAGCUGAAAGAACACUAAUCGGAUUUCAAGGCCCCAAACUUGGGGGUUCAGACCACAUGCGCUAAGGGACCUCUGCCACCUGCGUGCAGCCCGUGGCUGAGCGAGUUCAAUGACACUACUGCCCUAUUACUGCUUAGGAGGUGGACAGCCAGCAGCAAACGUUUCUUUCUUCCCCCAAGACAGUGUCUUGAACCUGUUAAAUUAAGUCAUUGGAUUUUCCUCUGUUCUGUUUACAGUUUACUAUUUAAGGUUUUAUAAUGUAAAUAUAUUUUGUAUAUUUUUCUAUGCGAAGCACUUCAUAGGGAGAAGCACUUAUGACAAGGCUAUUUUUAAACCGUGGUAUUAUCCUAAUUUAAAAGAAGAUCAGUUUUUAAUGAUUUUUUAUUUUCAUAGGAUGAAGUGAGAGAAAAUAUUCAGCUGUCCACACACAGUCUGGUCUUUCCUGCCCGGCUCCCCCCUGGAAAGUGUACUUUUUUUGUUGUUCCAUGUGUAGCUCGUUUGUGCCCGUUGACAUAAAUGUUCCUCGGGUCUGCUCUUUAUGGUCAUUGAGAAAGAAGGUCACCGCUCCGUGAGGCCACUGCCCUCCAUGGCCCAGGAUCGAGGGUGCAGAACCUUAGCACAGCAGUGUCUCCUCUUGGCUGCGCCGCCCCCUCCCUGUGCAUCAGCUCCAGUGCGAAGCAGCAGGCUCCACUUCCUCCCCCUCCUCCUCCCGAGAUGCUGCAGCGUGACAUCUGCUGUCACUCCCUGCCUCAUAGAUCAUCCCCUUUCCGUCUCUGCCCACCAAUCCCUUGUACCUGCAGAGAACCCACUGACCGCCUCCUGCCCUCUCGGCAGCUUGUCGUACCUGAAGCACACAGUAUGACCACUCACGAUCAAGCAGAUCUCUGCGCCUGCCACAAGGUUCCAGGGUAGUCCGAGUGGAGGGCAGGGCAUCCUUUCUCUUGUGGAAGUCAGCAAAGCAAUAUGAUGCAGCCCAGAACUCUCUGCCAGGACCCGUGGCUCUGCUGUGCCUUCCAUCCUGGGCUCCCUUUCCUUCCAUGACCUUAAGAACUUUGUCUGGUGGCUUUGCUGGAACAUUGUCACUGUUUCCACUGUGGGAAGCCCAGCACUGUGGCCAGGAUGGCAGAGAUUUCCUUGUCAUCAUGGAGAAGUGCCAGCAGGGGACUGGGGAAAAGCACUCUACCCAGACCUCCCCUCCCACCCUCCUUUUGCCCGUGAACAAGAUGCAGUGGCCCAGGGGGUUCCACUAGUGUCUGGUUUCCUUUCUUAUUGCACUGUGUGAGGUUUUUUUGUAAAUCCUUGUAUUCCUAUUUUUUUUUAUGAAAAAAAUUAAGCUGCAUUUGUUACUGAAAUGAUUAAUGCACUGAUGGGUCACGCGUUCAUCUUGAGAGAGACCCAAAGGCCAGUCAGAGGGUGGGGGGAACUCAGCUAUCAGACCUAGUCACUGCCCUGCUAGGCCAUGCUGUACUGUGAGCCCCCUCCUCAUCCUCUUUCUACAACCCCAAUCCCUGAGGACGGGCGGGGGUGGGGGAGAACCCACCUUUCCUCCCCCUCCAGCUGGUUUGCCCUGCCCUCCCCCCACAGUCAACCACAGAAACGAGAAAUUCCUCUUUCAGCUCAGCCUUGAGUCCAUUGCCAAAAUUCAGCAUACCUGCCAGCAACUUGGGGGAUAAGCCAGAGUAUCCCCACAAGCGGGAGAUAAGGCAACAAAACAGAAGGCACAGCUGUCUCCAAAACACAUCUGCUUUGUUUUAAAAGUGACCAAGAGAACCUCCGCACAAAAGUGUAGGUUGAGGACUCUGCGCUGGGUCAUUCCCAAGAAUCCCCCAAGGGGCAACCCACAGCCCCAGGAGUGACAGCUGCGGACCUCGCCGGUUCUCGGAGAGCCAGCUCACUUCAGCUUUGCUGCUAGAACCUGUUGUGGCUGCAUUUCCUGGUGGCCAGUGACAACUGUAACCAGAAUAGCUGCAUGGCGCUGACCCUUUGGUCGGAACUUGGCCCUGGGCUCCCUCACUGCUGCCCACCGUGUCCAGCACAACCCCUCCCUGUUUUUAAACCAAUCACAAUUAAGGAGGAAGCCCUGGCUCUUCUUAGGCUUUCAGCCCAAACUCCUUUUUCAGGACCCAGCUCACCUCUCACCACACCCCCACCUCACCCCGGCCAAUCCAAUAAGCACCAUGCAGCAACCUUGAUUUUAAAAAAAAGAAGAAGAAAAAAAAAAAGAAGAAAAAAACCUAAAAAUAAAAUAAAAAAAUAGAACACAUACAAAAAAAUCUUUUAAUGAAUGUAUCUUUCUAAAGGACUGACGCUCAAUCAAAUACCUGAAAAUACUAGAGGUCACAGCCUCACCAGAUGUUAACUUUUAUUGGAUUUGGGAUUCUUUUUCAUAGAAACCAAGUUGUUUUUUGUUGUUGUUGUUAUUGUUUUUUUUUUUUUUUUUUUUUUUAAGGAAAAGCGGGUCAUUGCAAAGGGCUGGGUGUAAUUUUACGUUUCCUUUCCUUCAUUUUAAAGCAAUACAAAGUUAUUGAGCAGAUAGUUUUGUGCCGAAUCAUGAAUACCAGUCAAGUCUCACACUCUGAAAACUUGCAGCCUUUCUGUUUGUUUGUUUUGGUUUUCAAAUAAAUAUAAAUAUAUAUAUAUAGGAACUAAUAUAGGAAUGCACCAUUGUAACAGAGCCUAGUUCAGUCCACGGCUUUUACUUCUUCUCUUAACACUAUAGAUAAGGAUUGUGCUACAGUUGCUAGCUAGUCAAGGCAGGAAAGUGUCAGGCUCCCCGUGACGGUGACCCGUCCCCAGAUGAGCGUGCAAAGCAGAUAUGCUGUCACCUGGGUUCUGCCUGCCUGUGAAUGUUGCCAGUCGGUACCCGUACUCCUCCUCUCUCUGCUUCCGGUUAUGAAUGUUGGGGUCACCACCUGCAUUUAGGGGGAAAUUGUGUUCUGUGCUUUCUGGUAUAUCUUGUUUUGAGGUACACUAGUUCUGUCUUUCAACCAAGAAAAAAAUAGACUUGUGGUGUUUCUUCCCCUGAACUUUUAACAGUCUCCUUAGCAAAUACAGGUAGUUGAAUAAUUGUUUCCCAAGCUGGACAGUGACAGCUUCAUUUCUAGAAUAAGACAUUUCUCUACAGCUGUGUCAUGUACAAUGGAUCUUUUGGGGGUUUUGUUUGUUUGGUUUGCUUCCUUUUUUCCUUGUGUUCUUCCAAGCUUCUGGUUAGAGACAAAAUGGGUGGGGGGGGAAGGAAAAUGUGUCUAAAGUCCAUCAGUGUUAACUCCCUGAGACAGGGAUGAAGGAAAAUACUUUAAUAGUUCAAAAAAUAAUAAUGCUGAAAGCUCUCUACGAAAGACUGAAUGUAAAAGUAAAAAGUGUACAUAGUUGUAAAAACAAAAAAAGGAGUUUUUAAACAUGUUUAUUUUCUAUGCACUUUUUUUUAUUUAAGUGAUAGUUUAAUUAAUAAACAUGUCAAGUUUA